GAAGCGCAGUGCCCCCGGGGCCGUGGUUGCCUCUGCAGGCUCCUCGUCCAAGAAGCGGAAGAUAGACGGUGUGCAAAAGUACUACGCAGUCAGAGCUGGGUUCAACCCCGGCGUCUACUUGACCUAUCCCGAGUGCCAACAGCAGACAUCGGGAUUCAGAGGCGCAGUCUUCAAGUCGUUCGUUUCGAAGCAGGAUGCCCUGGACUUUGUUGCCGGCAAGAAGGUUGCCUCUACGUCCAAUGAGCCCGACAAGUUCUACGCGGUCGCCGUGGGCAACCCUACGGGUAUCUAUACGGACUGGGCCGAGGCCUCGGAAGCUAUCAAGGGCAUAAAGGGUCCCAAGUAUAAGCGGUUUGCGACACGGGCAGAGGCAGUUGGAUAUAUCAAGCAGUUUGGCAACAAGGAAACCAUUGAUGCUCUGGGGGAGGAGGGACGAUCGUACCCGGAGCCAGAACAACAGCCAAGAUUCGAACUUAAACCCGAGGAGGCACCGGCCAAGAAGACCAAGGCGGUCCCGGAUGAGGUUCCUGGCUCGGGGCCUGUGGAGGAUGUUCUCAAGAUCUACACCGACGGUAGCAGUCGCGCCAACGGCAGAACCAGCGCUCGCGCUGGACUGGGCGUCUACUUCGGAGACAAUGACAAGCGUAACCUCUCGGAGCGGCUCCCCGGCCUACCCCAGACGAACCAACGAGCUGAACUGAUGGCCAUAUUGCGAGCACUCCAGAUUGCACCCCUGGACCAAGCUGUCCAAAUCUUCACCGACAGCCAAUACUCAAUCAAAUGCGUGACGCAGUGGGCGCGGAGCUGGGAGGCCAAGGGCUGGAAGACAGCCAAUGGCGCAGAAGUCAAGAACCAGGACAUCAUCCGGCAGCUCCUGGCCAAAAAGAGAGAGCGGGAAAAGGCUGGAGGCGCAACCUACUUCGAAUGGGUCAAGGGGCACGCAAGCAGCCGAGGUAAUAUCGCGGCGGACAAGCUCGCCGUCGAUGGAGCCGAUUUGAGUCCUGUCUGAUGCCACAAGCUGCUCUCUAGGGAGGGAAUGGAUGGCUCGUGUAUAUGACAAGUGAUUGAAGAAACAAAAAAUAAGGGGAGUCGGACAUGUGUUGUAUGGAGCAUAUCGAUGUCACGGUCUUGCGUCUGUCUUUCAGAAUCGAGGAGUCUAGCGGUUUACCUGUGGAUAUGGAGGCGCUGUUACUCCAUGCCGUCUUGUUUAUUUUUGCUUGUUCUUGGGAGUUUCUUUCGUCCAGAUCGAUCUCUGCUCUUGUUGCUGAUUCCGUUAUCUUUUCAUGUCAAAAUAUCAUGAU